AUGUUCUAUAGCCACGAGAUUCUGAUGAGCCGCCAAUAUGGCGUCGCUACCAUUUGGCUCGUCGCCACCGUUGGAACUGGAAUAGGGGCAAGAAAGAAGGUAACCCGAAAGGCCAUCCAAGAAGUGGAUGUGCAGAAGGCAUGUGGAAAAAUCAUCGAGCCCGGCGCGCCGGUGGCACUGCGUCUUCAGGGCCAGCUCCUUUACGGCGUAUCAAGAGUUUAUAGCCAGCAAUGCGGCUACAUGCUGUCUGACUUGCAGAAGAUUCACACGCAUAUGCACAUGUUCUUCACUAAGUUCGGUGAAAACCAGCUCGAUCCAGAAGCAGGCCAAGCAAGACCAGAGAACCUUCUGAUUCUGAACGACCCCGACUUUGUUCCCGACAUGAUACUUCCCAAAUUUGACCUCGACGCUCUGGUAGCGAGCAGUCAAGCAACCCAGAAGACAUCUUCCCAAAUGUCUCCUCUUGACAGCACUAUUCUGGCAAGCUCUCAUCAUUCGCAAAGCCCUGCGCACGGCUUUGAUAUCCGCCUUGACCUUCAUGAUUCACCAUCUCCAGGUCCCGCAGGAUCCCCCUUCGGCUUUCAGGGUUUCUCAUCCACGCAGAAGCCGGCAGAAGAACACCGGAUGCUUCCCGAGGAGGACAUUUUCGGAGGAGCGGGAGACUGGGGAAUGGAUGUAGACGAGCACGGAAACAUCAUCGAAUCAGCAGAACCUGCUAUUGUACAAGACGAAUUCGACCUACCCCCUUUCCCGGCGAUGGAAGGCGACAUCCGAGAGCAUGUGGGUGCAGAGCAACAGAGACAGCCAACGGUGGAUGAUCAGGGCGAAGUUAUCAUGAUGGAUGACGCACAACAGGCAGGCGAGAUAGUGGUAGCAAACCCACCGAGUGAACACCAUAGUGCCUUCCUAUCCGAUGAUCAUCGCCAACAUCAGGCUCCUUCCCGACGAAAGCGAAAGCCUCGUAUGUUGCAUGCUGAUGAAGAGACGCAAGUUUCAAGAGCCGCGAUGAACGAGUGGCAGGAGGACUACUUGGAGAACUGCGGUGGCCCGAAGAUACGAGCGACCGGAGCGGCGAAAGCCAAAGCGAAUGCUAUGCUCCUAACAUUUGGUCUCGGUCUGGGAAAUAUCGGCCAGAACAUCGGUGUUCCGGGAAUGGUUCAUCCUCUUGCACUCGAUUUCUCGGGCGAUUCGUUAUUUACCGCGAUUACCGGACUCACGGUCCCUGAUUUACCCCGUGGCCGACGCCGAUCCGCGUCCGAGUCCAUCGAAGAUGACGAGGAGCAAGGACGUCGAGUCAGACCGCGACUCGAGGGUGACGACGUCCAGUUGGGCCGUAGCCUGGAAGGCGAUGCCAUCUUCGCCCACGACGGACAACAAAUCCACGACUCUCCCGAGGUCGGCCGAGAAGCACAGGCGGCCAUGUCAGACCACCUAUCCUCCGCCCUCAACAUGCCCUGGAACCGAGGAUCGUCCCACAUGCCAGGCUCAUCUCUCCGCGGUUCCGCGCAAAAAGGCCGCAUACCAUCCAGCCCCCUAGCCGGCCGCGGAAACCUCCAAGACAUCGUACGCUUCAGCGACGCCCCCUCCCUCGACGACGGCGGUUUUGAUCUUGGCGGCCUACCCUCCGACAACGACGUCUUCGACGAAUUCCACCUCUCGCCCCAAGCCCAGAAACAACCCUCCGGCCAAGGCCAAGGCGAACAGAAGGUAGACAGCUGGCCGACCCUCGACAUCGAGGGCCAGAACUUCCUCUCGUUCAUGCACGCCACGGUGCGCGAGAACGGCGAGCGCAGGCUCGACGAGGAUUUCGAUAUCGACCGCCGAUGGGUCGCGUUCGACGACGUGUUCGUGCCGCGCGAGACGAACCGCGCUACCGCCUCCCAGGCCUUCUUCCACGUCCUGAGCCUGGCGACGAAGGCGCGCCUUGACGUUCAGCAGGAUAGCGAGCCGGAGGUCGCGUUUGGGGGGAUUUGGGUUGGGGUUAAGAUGGGUGAUGUUGAUGUUGAUGUCUAA